UUUCGCCUUGAUGCAGGUGAGGGGGCUCGUGAUCCAAGGGAUUGGACCUGCCUACUCCUUCCUUGGAUCUAUCCUGGUUGCCUUUCAUUUUUACAGGAGCUGUAUGAUACCUACAGGUUUAACGCUUUCCCUAAUUGUUAAGGUUGUGAGUGUGAUGAAGCAACUAUGGCUUGGUCAAGUAACGUUACACCUUCCAAUGGUGCAUUCUCUCGACUCCGGAACAUGCAUGAUCCAGAUCUGAGCUCCUCUGAGGAGUGUCUAGUGUAUACUCCUGGAGGAAGUGGCGGCAGUAAGGGUGAUAGUUUUAUUCCAUCCUCUUCGAGCUCCUCCCCUGGGUUGCCGUCUAACCAUCAAGCUAAUAUUGCUCACUCUGGAGCUACAUCUUUACCCUCUGGUAAUAGUAUAGAUUGUAGUACUACUGCUCCACCACCAUCCCCAGCAUCUCCAACACUGCACAUCAAUCACGGAACAACUAGUCAUGUUGGGGUGCUGCGGAGAGCUGGUGUUCCAUCAUCCCCUGUCUCUGCUCGCUCAGUUGUGUCUCCACACCUGCCAUCAGUGCUUCCAUCCUCCUCUGUCCCACACCCCUCUCCAUUGCCUGUUGGCUUAUUGCCACCCGGUUCUCCGACAGCUCCUCCAAGUGUUGCUACUGCUCCACCCCCUCCACCACCGCCACCACCACCACCCCCACCUCCACCUCCACCACCACCACCACAACCAUUAGUAUCAGCACCCUCUCCAGCUCAGGUCUCUAUAAUCACUAGCUCUUCUCCACCACUUUUAGUUUCUAUUGUUGCAACCAACACCACUACCACUGUCAGUUCUCCUACUAGAGUCUCAAAUGUAUCCUCCAGUACUCCUAAUAAUAACAACUCUUCUUCCAUUGGUACUGUUACCACCACCUCCUCUGCUACAAGCACUAACACACCUGCUAUCACAACUAGUAAUGGAGGGCCUAUGUAUAACUGGCAAGCCACCAUGACAACUGUAAAAGAAAGAUUUGCAUUCCUAUUCAACAACGAGAUACUCAGUGAUGUUCAUUUCCUGGUGGGUAAAGGUGAUUCAAGACAACGCAUACCUGCACAUAAGUUUGUUUUGGCAGUUGGCAGUGCUGUAUUUGAUGCUAUGUUCAAUGGGCAUCUUAGUACUCAUCAAGAGGAAAUUGAAUUGCCAGAUGUGGAACCACAGGCAUUUCUUGCUCUCUUGCGAUUCCUAUACAGUGAUGAGGUUCAGAUUGGUCCCGAAACUGUGAUGACAGUAUUGUACACAGCCAAAAAAUAUGCUGUUCCUGCUCUUGAGCAAGCCUGUGUGGACUUUCUUAAGCGCAAUUUAUCCUCGGAUAAUGCAUUCAUGCUUCUGACUCAGGCCCGACUUUUUGAUGAACCUCAACUGGCAGCUUUGUGUCUGGAGACAAUAGAUAAAAAUACAGCCGACUCAUUAGCAGCAGAGGGCUUUACAGAUAUUGACAGCAACACCUUGUGCUUGGUGCUUGAGCGAGACACACUACGAAUUCGAGAGGCUAAGCUUUUUGAAGCAACAGUCAGGUGGUCUGAAGCUGAGUGUGAACGUGAGGGUCUGGUUGUAACAAGCACCAGCCAGAGAGCAGUGUUAGGGAGAGCAUUGUCUUUGGUACGAUUUCCCCUUAUGACUGUGGAAGAGUUUGCUCAAGGUCCUGCGCAGUCUGGGAUCUUGACAGAUCGUGAAGUGGUUCAGCUGUUCCUUCAUUUUACUGUAAAUCCGAAACCCCCCGUUAAUUUCUUGGACGUUCCUCGGUGCUGUAUGACAGGCAAGGAACAGACAGUAUGCCGAUUUCAGCAGAUAGAGUCCCGCUGGGGGUAUUCAGGCACUAGUGAUAGAAUUCGGUUUAUUGUAGAUCGACGCAUCUUUGUAGUUGGUUUUGGAAUGUAUGGGUCCAUUCAUGGUCCUUCUGAAUAUGAAGUAACAAUACAGAUCAUCCAUACUGCCACUGGAAAGGUAUGUGCAAGCAACGACACAAGCUUCACAUCCGAUGGCACUGUGAAUACAUUUCGAGUUAUGUUCAAGGAACCUGUUGAAGUGUUGCCCAAUACUAACUACACUGCUUAUGCAACAUUAAAGGGCCCGGAUUCACACUAUGGAACCAAAGGUGUGCGUAAAGUAGCGGUGGAAUGUCCCUCGGGAGAUCGAGCAACUUUCCAGUUUACAUAUGCUGCUGGAAACAACAAUGGCACCUCUGUUGAAGAUGGACAGAUCCCAGAGAUCAUAUUUUAUACAUAAAUGUAUAUCUUUUCCUCUGUGGCAUAGAUCUGUGAAUAUUUCCAUUUGGUGUGUUUUCCCAAAUGACUUCUAAUUUUAUAUGUGCAUUUUUAUAGAAAACAAGUUUUUGGGCUAAAUAGUCACUUGAAAGUAGAAAUUGUGACAAGCUGCUUAACUACUGAGGAUUAUCAGCAAGGCUAUCAUACUUUUUCUCAUUAUACUUAAACUCGAAUUUAACACAUUUGCUCAAACAUAUUUUCUUGAUGAAAUAUUACUUGGGCUGCAUUUAUGUACUAUUCAAGGUGGAAUUUUGCAUUUAGCUAUUUUUAGUAGGUAAAACUAUGGUCAUAUCAAGUUUCCAUGGGAUUCAAAAUUGUUUAAAGAAUGUGUGUGAUUGUCAUCAGAUGAUAGAGGUGCUUUAAUCAGUAGACAUCAUUCUUAAUAUUAAUUUUAAGAAUGUAAACCAGCAUUCUUCUCCAUCUUGAGAUGGCUUUAGUUUUGUUAUUUAUGAAGAUGACAUAUACUAACACUAUUGUACAAACAAUAAUAUCAUUUAAAAAAAUUUCAGUAUGAUAUGACUUGAAGACAAAAAAAGUUAUCUAUGGAGGCAAAGAAGGGAAUUUAUGAAAGUAUAGUAGUACCAACACUCUUAUAUGGGUGUGAAGCUUGGGUUGUGAAUGCAGCAGCGAGGAGGCGGUUGGAGGCAGUGGAGAUGUCCUGUCUAAGGGCAAUGUAUGGUGUAAAUGUUAUGCAGAAAAUUCGGAGUGGGGAAAUUAGGAGAAGGUGUGGCGUUAAUAAAAGUAUUAGUCGGAGGGCUGAAGAGGGGUUGUUGAGGUAGUUCGGUCAUUUAGAGAGAAUGGUUAAAAGAGAAGGACAUGGAGAGCAUAUAAAUCUGUAGGGGAAGGAAGGUGGGGUAGGGGUCGUCCUCGAAAAGGUUGGAAGGAAGGGGUAAGGGAAGUUUUGUGGGUGAGGGGCUUGGACUUCCAGCAGGCGUGCAUGAGCAUGUUCGAUAGGAGUGAAUGGAGACGAAUGGUAUUUGGGACCUGACGAUCUGUUGGAGUGUGAGCAGGGUAAUAUUUAGUGAAGGGAUUCAGGGAAACUGGUAAUUUUUAUAUAGCCGGACUUGAGUCCUGGAAAUGGGAAGUACAAUGCCUGUACUCUAAAGGAGGGGUUUGGAGGGAUAUGUUGUGUAUCUUUAUACGUAUAUGCUUCUAAACUGUUGUGUUCUGAGCACCUCUGCAAAAACAGUGAUUAUGUGUGAGUGAGAUGAAAGUGUUGAAUGAUGAUGAAAGUAUUUUCUUUUUGGGGAUUUUCUUUCUUUUUGGGUCACCCUGCCUCGGUGGGAGACGGCUGACUUGUUAAAAAAAAAAAAAUGACUUGAAGUAGAACAUGCAGAGAAUCUCAACAGAUAAUGUUCAGGGUAGAUACUGGGUUGGUAGCCAUGAAGACUUCAGGAAAUUGUAAUGAAUAAUAGGGUAAUAAAUUUUUAUGUUAAGAUUCAAUUCAAAAUUCAUAAUUUGUGAGUUAAUUGUAGGUAGAAAUACAAAUUACUCAGAUAAGUAAGAAACAUGUGCAACAAUUAGGUGAUGAACUGAUUACCUUGUCUGCACCUCCACUGCUUCCUUUGUCUUUGACUGAAUAAGCUUACUGUGCAGGCAGAACAUUUCAGAAUAAAGAUACCUAACUU